AUGAACGGUGGAGUUGAAAUUGUCCAACGGGCCGAAAGACUUUCCCUCGAUGGAGAAAAUAAAGGUCAACAUUCUUCCUCAGAGGAGUCUCAAUUAGACCACAAGAGUGAAAGAAACCUCUCCGUUGAUGGCCACCCCAAUGGUGAGACUCCGUUUAAAUCUACUGCUAGAUCUUUUGGUGUUCGGAAGGCUGAGUUGAUGACAGCCCAAUAUAAAAGUGGAUGGUUGAAGGCCCUCUUCUAUUUCUCCACCUUUCUCUGCGCAUACUGUUACGGUUUGGAUGGUACAAUUAGAUACACUUUUCAAACUUACGCUACAAAUUCUUACUCGCAACACUCCUUGUUCACCACUGUGGGUGUGAUCAGAUCUGUGGUUGCUGCUGCAUCGCAACCCGCAUACGCCAGAUUGUCUGACCAGUUUGGUAGACUUGAGCUUUUCAUUGUCUCCAUUAUCUUCUAUGCUGUGGGAACUGUUAUUGAGUCUCAAGCUUACGAUGUCCAACGUUUCGCUGGUGGUGCUGUGCUUUACCAAAUCGGUUACUCUGGUGUAAUGCUUUUGCUUGAAGUUGCUUUGUCUGAUAUGUCCCAAUUGAACUGGCGUUUGUUUGCUUCUUUUGUUCCAGCACUUCCUUUCAUUAUUAACACCUGGGUGUCUGGUGAUGUGGCCCAAUCAUUGUUAACUUCUCACUCUUGGAAUUAUGCUAUCGGAAUCUUUGCUUUCAUUUUCCCAUUGGCAUGUGUUCCUCUCCUUGGUUGUUUCAUUCACAUGAGAAUCGCUGCUGGCAGAACGCCUGAGUGGAAGCUCAUUUGUGAAGAGGAGAAGGCCGAAAAGAAGGGAAAAAAUGUCUUCGUCGAUCUCUUCUGGAAGUUGGAUAUUGUUGGUAUUCUUCUCAUUGUUUGUGUUUUUGGUUUCAUUUUAGUCCCAUUCACCUUAGCGGGAAACAAGACCACAAUUUUUGUUAGCGCUAAAGAGACUUGGAAGAAGGCUUACGUCAUUGCUCCUCUUGUGGUCGGAUUUUGUUUGAUUCCCGCUCUCAUUUUCUGGGAAGCUCGCUUUGCUAAGUUCCCUGUGAUUCCAUUUCCUCUUCUCAAGGACAGAGGUGUGUGGUCUGCUCUUGCCAUUGCUUGUCUCAUUAACUUCAUCUGGUACAUGCCAAAUGACUUCAUCUAUACCGUUUUGGUUGUUGGUAUGAACGCCUCCAUCAAAGCUGCUACUCGUAUUUCCUCGUUGUACUCUUUUGUUUCAGUCAUUACAGGCCCAAUUUUGGGUCUCGUUAUUGUCAGAGUCAGAAGAACGAAAUAUUUCAUUGUUGCUGGUUGCGCAUUUUGGUUCAUUGCCAUGGGUAUUCUUUUGCACUUCAGAGGUUCAAAUGACGGUUUGGAGUACAAAAAGUUCCAAGACGGUGUCAUUGGCGGAUUGUGUUUGUUUGGUUUUGGUGCUGGUUUCUUUACUUACACAACUCAGCUUUCGAUUCAAACCUGUACUAACCACGAGUACAUGUCCAUUGUUCUCUCCUUGUACUUGGCUUCAUACAACAUUGGUUCCGCUUUUGGUGUCGCAGUUUCGGGUGCUGUCUGGACUCAGCUCAUGCCUGCAGAAAUUGUUAAGCAGAUGAGUGCUUUGGGCGUCGAUACCUCCCUCGCUGGAACUGCCUACCAAGCUCCAUUUACCUUCAUCAUUACUCAUCCAUGGGGCUCCCCAGGAAGAAUAGCUGUUGCAUUGGCGUAUGCUCAUAUUCAAAGGAAGUUGUGUAUUGUUGGUAUCUGUCUUUGUGUGCCAUUGUUGUGUAUGACCAUUUUCUUGAGAAAUCACAAAUUGACAAACGCCCAAUCUUUGGAUGAAGAACACCAUGGUGAGGGAAUCACUGGCAGCAAAGCAGCCAAUAAGGACAUCAUUGUUGUCAAUAACUUUGACAAGGACCCUAUCUUCGACUUCUUCAGAGGAUUGUUCAAGAGAAAAUAG